GCGCGGAGGUUUCUGCACAGAACAAAAUGUCUGCGAGGAUCCUGGAGGGGACCCGCGAUCCCAGACUUCUAGCCCGCCUCUUGCUCCUGCCGCGCUUUGGGGGUGAUGGGAUGGCAUUCAUGUAUGUGGCACUCCCCUGGGCAUCCCAGAUUUUGAAGAAACCCAGAGACAUCUUCCAGGGAGGUAAAGCAUGACGGUAAUUGGUCACCCUGGCACUUUUAGGGGCACAUCAGUAAUGAUCACUCUCAGACUCUGGCACAGCACUGCUGAUGGUUCUUUAGAACUCAGGAUUCAUGCUACAGUGUUGCUACCUGACAACUGACAUUGGCUGGAAACUCUGAGGCAAUGACAGGGACCCCCCAAGGCCCACAGGACAUGGCCUACCAACUAAUUUAAAGGCGCGGCGGAGAGAAUGCGGAGUGACGAGCUGCCGGCGCCCAUGGACGACACCGGCGGGCCGGACGACGCGGCGGCGCGGGGCGGCCCGUUCCCCGGCCUGGCUCCGGCCCCUCCCGGCCGCCUGGGGGCGCCAUACUGCGAGGCCUGGGGCUACUUUCAUCUGGCCCCCGCGCGUCCGGGCCACGCCGCGGGCCAGUGGGCCACCUGCCGGCUGUGCGGGGAGCAGGUGAGCCGCGGCCCGGGCUUCCCCGCGGGCACCCCGGCGCUGUGGAGGCACCUCAAGAGCGCGCACCGGCGGGAGCUGGAGAAGAGCUCCGCCCGCCGCUCGCCGCCCGCCGUCCCCUGCCCGGCGCAGCAGCCGCCGCCGCCGCCGCCGCCCGGGCCCGCCGCGGCCGCCGAGGGCGACUGGGCGCGCCUGCUGGAGCAGAUGGGCGCGCUGGCCGUGCGCUGCAGCCUGCGUGAGCGCGAGCUGGCGCGGCGCGAGGCUGCCGUGGAGCAGGGCGAGCGCGCCCUGGAGCGGAGGCGCAGGGCCCUGCAGGAGGAGGAGCGCGCGGCGGCCCAGGCGCGGCGGGAGCUGCAGGCCGAGAGGGAGGCGCUGCAGGCGCGGCUGCGGGAAGUGAGCCGCCGCGAAGGCGCCUUGGCCGCCGCCUCUGCCCCGCUGCAGACUCCGCUCAAAGAAGAGCCCGAGGGGGAGAGGGACGGCUUCAUAAUCACCAAGGUCCUCCUGUAGGCUGUGGUCGCUUUGCGACCCCAGUCCCUCCCAUGCCAGCGCUACUCCAAGUGUGGUCCGCGGACCGGCCUCGCCUGGGACCUGAAUCUCAGGCCCGCCGACAUCUCCAAAUGUGGGCCCUUGAGAAGCGCUUCGGAGGCCGAACCAAAAAUCACUAACGCUCCGUGGCCCCCCCAGGAUGCCUGGGAGCACAAGCUCCAGUGGCCUCCGUUGCUGUUGGCCUUUAGGAGCCGGUUUUCUUCCCACCGCCUUUGGAAUGACAGCUCGAGCAACUUCGUGAGACUAGGUCACCCGGAGUCUCGUACGCGGUGACUUUGAAAGGAGAGAAACUUCCUUGUGUACCAAAGACUAUCAUACUACGUGCCUGUACACCAGCCAGGGCAACCCAGGGUGGAGGGGGCUUGGAAAUGAGGAUAAAGCGUUUUAUCCAAGAAGAGUUUUACUCCUUUCCCAAUGAAUAAAUCUUUGGUAACUGGUUUGCCCAGCACGAAGUUCUGAAAAGGGGGCCACUUAGCUUCCACAACGGCUCUUUACCCUGUCCUCUCUUGUGCCUCAUUGGCGCAGUCUGAGCGAACCCCUGUGUACUCCCCUCCCAGCUUGCAGACUAUACCAAGUGCACCCUGUCCCACCCCAGCUGUUUUCUUUCCGUUUCACACCCAGUGUCAGCUGUAGUGAGUUUCCCCACUUUCCCACCUCACACUCCCUUACUAGCAAAACAUGACCUACUCCCUCGUUAGGAAGGGAACUUGGUUUCCCACAUCUCCACAAUCCUCGCUUCUGGGUCACAGUAGAAGGAAAGCAUUCCUCCCAUCUGAGGCCACCUCUGUCUCUUUUUCUGUUCCCAUCCAUUUCUCUUCCACCGUUACUGGACCUUUGCCCCAUUAUUGUUUCUCCUUUCUUCUGACUUAUUCCCUCCCUUCCCCAGACUACUCUUCCUCAGCAACAGGCUGCCCCCACUGAACACUAUCCUAUACUUCCUGCUGCCUAUACUUCCUCCCAUACGUCAAUUCUUCGCUAGUGGUCAGCUUCCCAUCCUACCCUGGACCCUUAAGAGCUGAAUAUGAUGAUUUAUUUUCAGCCUUUGUCUUGCUAGUACAAUGAACACCCACAUACACCCUCCACCUAGACUGAGCAAUUGUUAAUAUUCUGCCUUAUUUAAUUUUUUGGCCCUCUGCCCCAAACAUGCAUCGCAUUUCAUCCAGAAAUAUUUCACCAUAUAUAUCUCCUAAUAGCGUCUAAAAUAAUUCUUAAUCAAAAUUCCCCAAUUGUCUCAGAAAUGUCUUAUCUUUUCUAAAACAAAACAAACCAGGGUCCAAUCAAGGUUCAUUCAUUACUUUUUGAUUAUAACUUUGUCUCUUUUAGUCUAGAACAGCUCCCUUAUAUUUUUUUCCAUGACAUUUUUGAGAGUCCCAGCCAUCUGUCUUAUAGAAUGUCCUUUAUUCUGGGUUUGUCUGAUUGUUUGCUUAAGCCAAUUUAUGCACUCAUUCUUGGCUCAUCUACCUCUGUGCCAGUGACUCCUGGCUAACUCCAGCCUCGAGUGUUCUUCCCAGUUCAGUCCCUCAUGUCCAACCCCCUGCUGCAUGUCUCCCCCUCUACUUGUAUAUCCUGCCACUGCUGAGGAAAGGGCAAAUCUGUUCAGUUCCACAUUCCCACCCCUUACCCAAGAACUAACAUUUACUGGGCUCUUAAAAUGUACAGGUACAGGGGCACCUGGGUGGCUCAGUUGAUUAAGCAACUGCCUUCGGCUCAGGUCAUGAUCCUGGAGUCCCGGGAUCGAGUCCCGCAUCGGACUCCCUGCUCAGCGGGGAGUCUGCUUCUCCCUCUGAUCCUCCCCCUCUCAUGCUGUCUCCCAUUCUCUCUCAGAUAAAUAAAUAAAAAAUCUUUAAAAAAAAAAAAUGUAGGGCGCCUGGGUGGCUCAGUUGGUUGAGCGACUGCCUUCGGCUCAGGUCAUGAUCCUGGAGUCCUGGGAUCAAGUCCCGCAUCGGGCUCCCUGCUCAGCGGGGUGUCUGCUUCUCCCUCUGACCCUCUUCCCUCCUGUGCUGUCUCUCAUUCUCUCAAAUAAAUAAAAUCUUUAAAAAAAAAAAAAAUGUACAGGUACAUACUGCACACUGCAUGCAUUAUGUCACUUCAUUCUCAUAGCAGCUCCCUGAGGAGGUAUUAAUACUAUGCCCAUUUACAGCUAAGGAAACAGAUACAGAGGCGUUAAGUAGCUUCUACAAGAUCACAGCUGGUAAGUAGCGUUGAGAUCCAAACCCAGUCUCUACCUCCAGAUGCGCUGUUCCUGGCUGCUGUGCUGUCUCCCUUGCUAGUCACUGAGCUGACACCAAGUUUCCUCCCUCUCAUUCCAGGUAAUAUGUCCGUGACAUUAACAUGCACUGAGCAUUCACCAUGUGCCAGAGCUGUGCUGAGCUUACAAGAGUAACUGCCUACCAUGCAGUAACUCCAUGACAUAUGCCCAUUUUGCAGAGGAAGAGUUAGGCUCAGGGAGCUAAGUAAUGUUGAGGCAGAGUGGGAUUUGAACUCAUGUCACUGAAUCCUAGGUUCCUGUUUCUACAAAGUGCCACAUCUGUCUUCCUUCUGAUGCCACCUGUCAACCUCAGGCCUCAUUUAUCAUUCAUCUAGGGUUCAUCUUCCCAUCCUUGUCUUUCCCAACCGUCCCCUUCCUAACACUCAACUUGACCAAAGGAACUGUUCUAAGCCAACACUGAUUGUAUCACAAUUCCUGCUCAAAGGCACCCCAAGAUCACCCAUCAUCAAUAAGCUUCGAUUUUGUAGCCUGUCAUUCAAGUGCCCCCACCCUGCUGCCAGUCUUAUCUGUCCCCUCUCCUACCUAGCCCAACCGGACUCCUUGUUCCUCCUGACAUGUCCUCAUCUUGGCUCCUCCAUGCUUGUUUGCCUUCCCUCCACUUAAAAGGCCCCUUCAAUCUCUGAGUAUGAAGAAUUCCACCCAUUUUCAAAGACCAAGUUCAAAUUCAACUGCUUGCAUGAAGUUUUCCUUGAUUACUCCUUAUUUAGAGAUGAUUUUUUUACUUCUCUGGACUCCUUGGCAUUUUAUAAUCUCAUAACACUUCGAACAGGCCAUCUGGCAUAUGACUCUAUGGGUUCUUGUCUUCCCUCUCCUGCCAGACCUGCACCCUUGGGUUAGCCUUCUAUUCCCACAGUGCUUUGUAUAUAAUAGCUGCCCAAUAAAUAAAUUUGAGGCAUUGAACUCAGUGUUUUGAAGGUUUUACAAGUUAGUUUUCCCACAGUUACUAAUAUAAUUAUUCAUUUAUCUUUAAAUCUGAAUAGAAUUCAUAGCAGAAAAAAAUAGCCUAGAAGGAAAUAGCAGUAAUAAUUUAAGCUGUUUAGUCAAUAAAGAUUUAGUAAGUAUCCAUUAUUGCGCUGUUUGGUUUGAAUCCAAAUUAGUAUAUCACUACUAGUAUGUCAUUAUCAGGAAUGUUUUUCUUAAAAUGUUUUUCAUUACACAAGUAACACAAAUGCAAUGCCCCAAUCUAGGAAGAAAUCAGAACAUCCCCCAAAUUCCUGUCACCAAUAAAACUGCUACAAACAUUUUAAUGUAUUUUAUUCUUCUGUCUUUCACAAUCUUUACAUUAUCCUAAAAAUAGUAUGUUAUUUCUGUAAGUACUGAAAUAUAACUACUUCAUGUGGAUGUGUAACUUGGGCUAUAAGAGGAAUUUGAACUUUUUAGAAGAAAUCUUCUGCAAAUGUUACUCUUCUAUUUCACCAACUGUUAGAACUAUUAAUAUCAGCAAAGACUGACUUUUAGAAUCGCAAUUGCUUCCUCAAGAAAGAUAAAUAAUGGGAGCACCAAUAGCCUGUUUAGGGGACGGGGGAAUAGUUAGCCUGACUAGUAACUUAGUGCUGGCUGUGGGAGUUAAGCAAAGAGAUUUUACUUUCUGCUUUAUAUACUUCUGUACUGUUGUACUUUUUUUAUACCAAGCAUGAAUUACUUUCAUAAUCAAAAAUAAAAUUUACAUUCCUCAAAUGAGAA